GCAACCUAUCCCGCGCCAGGCAUACUCUCACCAACCCAGCGUUGGCGCCGGGCACUCCCGCCACGUUGGCCGCCCUUAGGGAUCCCGAUCGCCGCCCCCCCUCAACUCCGACGACCAAUCCCGGACCACUUGACACGACCGCUGCCAGCCACGCCUCUCCGCCUCACCCCGGCAGAGAUUGGCGACGCGCUGCGCACUGCGAAGCGUGGCGCCGCGCCUGGGCUUUCCGGCAGCACCAUGGAUCACUACAAAGUCCUCCUCGAGGACGAGGAAGCGAUCGCCCACCUCACAGCAAUGGUCAAUAAAUUGGCGAACGCCGAUGUGCCCGCGCCUGUCCUCGAAGCCCUCGCCCGGGCGCGGCUAACUGCCCUCACAAAACCUGGGGGUGGUAUCCGCGGGAUCGCUACUGGAGAAGCCUUCCGCCGGCUGACCUCCAGAGUCCUGGCGCGCCACUUUGCCACCCAGUUCGACCUGGCCACCCGGCCUUUCCAGUUCGCCCUCCAAACCCGCGCCGGCACCGACGCGCUGGCCACCAUACUCCGAUACUGCACCGAUGCCAACCCGGCUGCCACGGUCGUGUGCCUGGACGGCCGCAGCGCAUAUGACACCGUCUCCCGCGCAGCCGUUUUGGCCAAAGUCCACGAAUGUACCCCGGCGCUCCUGCCUUACGUCAAAGCAUUCUAUGGGGCACAAUCCUCCUACUCCUGGUUUGACAACCAGGGGACCGUGCAUGACAUAGUGCAAGGAGAAGGCCUCGAGCAGGGCGAUUCGCUCGCUCCUGCACUGUUUGCGUUGGCCCAGCAUGAAGCUCUGGUCCAUGCCUCCCGUACCUUGCCGGCCGGCGACCGUCUUUAUGCUUACUUAGAUGACAUCUGCGUGCUUACCACCAGGGACCACGCCCGGCAUGCAUACGAUGUCGUCUCCCGCGCCAUUGAAGGCCACGCGGGCAUCGCAUCCAACGUUGGCAAAACCCGUGUUUAUCACCAGGACCCGGGGCCACCCCCCCCAGGCAUAGAUCAACUGGGGCCUGACGUGUGGGUGGGAAACCAGCCUCCCGCGCAGCGUGGGUUUGUCGCGUUGGGGGUGCCGAUCGGCCACCCGGCGUUCAUCGCCUGCCACUUGCAAGCCCGUCUGGCCGCGGAAGCCGAGCUCCUCGAGGAGCUCCCGCGCCUCCCCGACUUGCAAGCGGCCUGGCUCCUCCUCCUGUUCUGCGCCGCACCACGCGCACAACACAUCCUCCGUACUGUCCCCCCCUCCCAGUGCUUCGAAUACUCCACGGGGCAUGACGCGGCCAUCUGGGACACCCUUCUGGCCCUGCUUGGGGAACAACGGCCAUGCCCCCAUUUGGCAGAAGCACGCCGCUUGGCACGCGCUGGGCACCCUGCGCCCCCGCGUCCCCGCGUCCCGGACAUCGUCGCCGCCUGCGGCCGGGAGCUGCUCCAAGAGGGCGACCCGCAUGCGCCAUGCAUCCGAGAACUCGUCGCGGCUGCCGCCCGCCUCGAUGCAGCCGGCUGGGCCACCAGGCCAGCUUGGGCCCAACUCCUAGCGGCCCACCCUGUCCCCUCGCCACCGCUACAAGAAUCCGAGCCGAGCCUAUGGCGCCACGGCUGGCAACACCCCGCAGCUCUCGCUGUCACUACAUCCUUCCGAGAGCAAGAGGUGUUCCCGCCCAUGACACCGGCGACUCGUGCUUUGGUUCGCUCCCAAUCCGGCCCGGCUGCCGGGGCUUGGCUCACCGCCAUCCCGACGGAGCCAGCUACCACACUGGCACCCCACCUCAUGGCCAUCGCCCUCCGGCGCCGCCUCCGGCUCCCCCUGCCGCUCACAACAGCCAGGUGUGGACAAGUGCCAAAUACUCACGGCUGUGGCCGCCUCGUCGACCCGUUGGGCGACCACCUGGCCGCCUGCCCUCGAACCGGCGCUCUAGCUCGCCGCGGACACCUCAUGGAGCAGGCUUGGAUCAAAAUUUGCCGUGAAGCAGUUGGGCCAGAGGGCCGCGUGGUCCCCCAACAAUGGCUCAACAGAACCACGGCGCCAGGCGUUCCUCCCGAGGACCGGCGCCGGCUCGAUCUCGUGGUCCACGGGGCCACCGCCUUGGGCGUGGCCCUAUGCUGCGACGUGACAGUCGUCUCGCCCCUCACCAGCACAGGGCGACCUCUCCCCCGCGCGGCAACCCACGACGGGACCGCAUUGCAGCUGGCACGAGCCCGCAAGCACCGUCGGUACCCAGAGCUGCUCCGCGCCGGAGGCCACCGCUUCCUCGUGCUCGGCGCCGAACUCGGCGGCCGCUGGGACCAGGAGUGCCACGAUCUCGUGCGCACCCUCCUCGCUGUGCGAGCCCAGCGCGAACCAGCGGCCAUCCGGGCAGCCGCCAUCUCUGGCUGGCGCCGCCGCUGGUGGGCGGUCCUCGCCUGCGCGCUCCAGCGUGCAACAGCCAGCACGUUGCUGGGCGGGGUGUGGCUGGCUCCGGCUCAAACCACCGGCACCGCGCCCACUUUGGCAGCCGUGCUGGACUGGGCUGACCCUCCAGCCCUCAGAUCCAGGCCAGAAGCCCUGUCCAAAAUCUUGGAGUCCAACUUCCGCUUGGGCCCAGAGACGGGAAAGCCAAAGGGCCUUCCCCUCUACGGUUUCGGGCUCUACUUCGCUGAAUGUAUCACCAAGGCCGAUGAAUAUGCACAUCCUGUGCAAGAAGGAGAUCCUUUACCCAUCGAGCCAGGCUAUGGACGAUCCAUGAGAUCCUAA